UGAUUAUACUGUGGCUCGACGCUCCCAUGUAAAGGCACCUUUAGGAAAGCAAAGUUACUUUUAAUGAUUUGUAAUUAUUUUUACAGUGUUAAACGUUUCUAUUUUAACGUAAAAGCAUACGUAAAUAUGUCGAAGAAAUACACUUUUAUCGAAAUAUAACUACAAUUUAAAUACUUUUUCCUGUCAAGUGUAUAACUGGUAUGAACUUUGUAGCUGUUACGAAAGCAUGACAAGCAUGAUAAAUAGUAAUUUUAUAUUAACCUCAAGAACAGUUUGCUCCAGACAAAGCGACUAUGGCAGAGAAAGGUGCUCAUUUGACUGGAACUGUGUAUAUCAGGCCUUCUAUCUUCGAAAUUAUUGCACAGGAAUCGCUUGCAUCCACUCUCGAACCGGCUUUUAAAAAGAUUUUUUCGUUUCUUGUAUCUUUUAAUCCUGAAAGAUAUGGAUAUAUUCUUGAAUGGGUAGAUGAAGGUUAUUUAAUUUUUAAUGUACUUCUUCAACGAUAUUACCUAAGAAAAUAUUCUGCAUCGUUUUCAGAAACAUUUUAUGGUUUGAAGCGUGUCACAGUAGUAAAUUCUAAGUUACAAGAAGAACUAUCACAUAAACAACAAAUACUAUCGUUAAUAUUAAUAGUGAUACUUCCAUAUUUAAAGAAUAAACUUAUGCAACUUAAUUCAAAAUAUAAACUUCAAGAAAUAAACGGUUGUACAUUAAGAGAGAGGAGGCAACAGCUUUUCCGUAAAUGUGUCAUUAAAGGACAUUCAAUUCUUUUUAUAACAUAUGAAACUCUCAUGCUAUAUAAUUACAUACUUUAUGUAUCUGAGAAAUCAAUGUAUCCAUCACUCUUACUAAGGCUACUAUCUGUUACAUUGACGUAUGCUGAUCCACAAUCUGCUCUCACUAUCAGCGAAUUAUUAAGGAAAAUAAAAUAUAAUUCAUUCACUGUUGAUGAUGGGUGGAAUAUAUUUCAAAGAAUUGUUACUGGAUCUCUUGAAUUAGGAGCUUUUUUCUUACAGUUUCUUUCUUGGUGGAGUCAGGAAAAUUAUGACAUGGAUAUUAUGAGUCUUCCAGUUCCACCACCACCAAAGGUGUCAAAAGUAGCGCAGCAGUAUAAAGGAAUUUGUCCGCUUUGUCGCAAGCCUCAUCAUAUACAUACCGUGCUUAUGAUAUCUGGUUAUGUAUUUUGUUAUCAAUGUAUUUUAUCGGAAAUACGGAUAAAAAAGAAAUGUCCAAUAACACAUUAUCCUGCCAAAGAAGAUGAUUUAAUACGUCUGUAUAUAGAAUAAUUUAUUAUGCACGCAUGUAAUAUCUAUAAUUUUGUAUAUGUAGAAUAUACUAAAUGUAAAUAUACUAAAUGUAAAUAUAAAGAAUUCAGAGUGUUGAGAAAAGAAGUUGGAUUUAUUCAUUUUAUAAACGAAUUGUAUAUUUUAGGAAAACUAUUUAAUUCUGUCUUUAGUUACAUACAUGUGCGCGCGCGCAUAUAAAAUGAUCAUUCCAACACAUUGUCAAAACUUGGUUUCGUGACGGAACACCACAAAUGUACAUAUGAAAAUAAAAUCUCGUUUGAGAAAAA